AUGGAUCUUACAGCUGAUGCGGCCGAUAACGCUCUUCUGGCGGAUUGGGACAUUACUGUCGUUUCCACCCUCCAGCAAGCUCUGGAGGCUACCGUCGAGUAUUCUGGUAGCUCCGAGAGUACUACGGUUGACGACGGGACUUUGAGUGCAACUGCGAAUGACACGUCGGUUAUCAUCAUCACAGCUGGCGCUGACAGCCCAGCUGGCUAUGUCACGGUCGAAGACUCUGUGGCGAAUAGGUGGUCCCUGACCGACUCUUCAUCUUGGACUGGCACAGCUUACUCUGGAUAUGGCACAUAUUACAUUGGAGUUGAUCUUGAUUCGACUUCCACCUGGAAUCUGACUGCCGAUACUUGUGCCUAUGAUUUCACAGACACCGAGGAGUCGGUUACCAACGUCAAGAGUGCUGGCUUCACACUGACUUACGACAAAUCCUCUUCUGCAACAGCUGGCUAG